AUGAGGUCUUUACGAACAAUAUCCGUCGUUGGGUGUCACUCGGAGGGAGAAGUGGGAGACGUCAUCAUCGGCGGCGUGCUCGACGUGCCCGGCAAGACCAUGUAUGAGAAGCUGGAACAUUUCCUCACCAAGAAGGAUGACUUGCGACAGCUUUUGUUGAAUGAACCCCGCGGGCGCUCUUCGAUGAACACAAACCUUGUCCUGCCGCCAUGCGACCCUCGCGCCGAUGCGGGGUUCCUCAUCAUGGAGAGUGAAGAAUACGCACCAAUGUCAGGCUCAAAUACAAUUUGUACUACGACAGUUCUGCUGGAAACCGGAAUGCUACCGAUGAAAGAACCCGUCACUCAACUGAAUCUCGACACUGCCGCUGGUCUCAUUGGUGUCACCGCUCAGUGCAAGAAUGGCAAGUGUCAGUCGGUCGCCUUUGACAAUGUCCCAGCCUUUGUGGCUGCUCUGGACCUCAAAGUCAAUGUGCCUGGCCUUGGCGAAGUCAUAGUCGAUGUCGCCUGGGGCGGCAUGUGGUAUGCUCUGGUUGAGGCAUCUGCUCUCGGGCUUAGCAUCGCAAACGAGCAUGGGCCUCAGCUCGUCGAGCUUGGAGAGCGCGUGAAGCGCGCAGUCCAGGCACAAUACACACCAGUUCAUCCAGAGAACCCAUCGAUAAAGGGUGUUAGCAUAAUUGUCAUCACAGAACCCGUUGAGGAGGGGCAAGAUUGCAAGAUUGCGAAAAAUACCGUCGUUGUAUCGCCUGGUCGUUUCGAUCGCAGCCCGUGCGGAAGUGGAACUUGUGCCAGAAUGGCGGUGAUGCAUGCGCGGGGCCAGCUCAAGGUUGACGAAACUUUCCGCCAUCGCAGUAUCAUUGGAACGGAAUUCAUCAACCACAUUCGCGGGACUACAAAAGUUGGUGACUACGAUGCUGUGUUGCCGACCGUCCAGGGGCGGGCGUGGAUCACCAGCUACAAGCAGAUUGUGCUCGAUCCCGAGGAUCCGUUUCCCACGGGGUUCCGGGUAGGGGAUCAAUGGCAUGUAUCACAGGAGCCAAGAUUACAAGGAGAAUAA